UGAGGUGAAGCCACAGUCAAUGCACGGGUAUGUAGUAAUACAAUAUGUGGAGUACUUCUUCCACUCACUGAGCUAGUGGCGAGUGCAGAUAGGACUUUCAUGCUGCCUCUCAAACCCACCCAAUAGUUCACAUGCCCAGAUGGAACAAAUGGGAAGAUGGAAUCCCUGGAACCAGUGGCCUUGAAAAGGACCCCAAUUUGCGAGAGACCAAAAAACGAGAUUCAGAGUUGGCUGGAUCCUCAUUUCCCUCUCUACUAACAAGCCCAAUACCAUUACGGAUAGUGAAUGUGAGCGAUGGAAAGUGCCGCCCUCAGCCCGCCAGAUUGAAGGUCUGUCCCGAGUAUUUGGUUCUGCAAAAGGAGGAAUUCAUCUUUCCAGAUGAUGACGAUACCUACCCCAGGGAUAACAAGAAAAGAACCUUGCGAUUGAAGCGACAACUGGAUGGAAGUCUCGGCAUCAGCGUCAAGGGUGGAUCGGAUCACAAUCUACCAGUUCUAAUCUCGAAAGUUUGCCGAAACGAGGACGAUGACCAUCCUUACAUAGGGGAUGCCAUUAUCAAAGUGAAUCAAAUGUCUUUAGCCAAUGUGACCCAUGAUGAGGCCAUCAAUAUUCUUCGCAAUGCCGGCCCCGAGGUCAUUCUCACGGUCAAGCAUUACCGAUCGGCGGCUCCAUUCCUUCUCAAAGGUGUUCGACAACUAAUCCCGGAGCAGGAACAAAACAUGGAUCUUGUGGAUGGGAACAGCAAUAAUGCUACCUCUGCACCCGCAUCCGGUCUGGAACCAAGGGACGAGAGGACACCGUCGAUUCCGUCAGCCUCCACCACCUCACAGUCUCAACAGCACCCGCAUCAGAAAUUCUUGCCACCUUUCAAUGCAUCCUCCUCUUCCUCGUCAACAGCUCAAUGUGAUUCCAGGAUCCGUGGAACCUCUUGUGGAAGUACACCCGUGAUUGACUCGCCGUGCUCGGUAGGUUCCGAUGGAUCCCUCAGUUGGAACGGUAUACCGAGAGUCAAGCGAAAGUGGGUCGAUGUGGUCGAGGUUCCUUUGAUGAUGGCUUACAUCACUCGCUAUAUCUUCGGAACCGACAAAAUUCGCCCCAAUUCGUUUGAAGUCCGUGGGAUGAAUGGAUCUCAUACUGGGGUGGUUCACAGUCCAGAUUUAGCUGUCCUCUCGCAUUGGAUCAAGCUAAUCUCGGAUUAUAUCAUUGCACUAACCAAUGUCAAGGCUGCUUUACUUAACCGUCAACUCUCCUCAAAUGAACAGAUCUCAUACAUGGGUUGGGUGGCUGAGGGUGUGUUGAAUAGCAAUCAACCCUGGCAAAACUGGACCCCUCGUUUCUUCGCAUUAAAAGGGAUCCAUGUCUGCGUCUUCGAUAAGCCACCGAUUGAGGCCAAGGACUGGAACGGAUCCCACGUUCAAGGGUACAAAACGUAUGAGGCCAUGUUCCGCAUCAUCAAGGAGAGUGAGAAUGUGGAUGAGCGACAACAUUGCUUUCUGAUCCAAACCACGGGUGGUGAAUCGAGAUAUUUCUCCAUGGAAACCAGAGCGGAUCUUCUCAGGCUGGAGAGUGCUUGGCAUCGGGCCGUGUGCUUCACCAUCGCAGAUCUUGGGUCCAAGACGUUCCAUGUGGUCCACAAGAAUCUCCCUGCCGCCUUCACCAUAGAUUGGACUGACGGUUUCCUAUUGAAAUCCUUUGCCUCGCCCAAUUACCAUUUCAUCUACGCCUUUUCACAACUCAAGAGCUCUUCAGACGAUGGAAACUCCACUCUAAAACUGGAAUUUGUGGAUCCACCAGGAACAAGAGAACUCGUGGAACAGGUAUUGAUUUGUCCUAAGCUCCAGGAUUUAUUGUUCUACAUGCACGCCUUCUUGACGGCCAAAGUGGCCUCAUUGGAUCCUGUGUUUCUCAACCGAGGUCGACUCUCGUGAUCAAAUGGGAAUGCUGAUCCCUCUCAAGCGUGGAAAA